AUGUCUCAAGGUACCUUAUACUUGUUCCCAACCUCCCCAAGAUCUACGAUCUGUAAGAACAUUGCCGACUACUUCAAGUUGGACAUCAAGAUCGGCUCCGUCGAAGAUGCCGAAUUCAAGAGAGACUUCCCAUUAGGUAAGACUCCAGCCUUCAAGGGUGACAAGGGCUUCAAGUUACACGAAUGCAUUUCCAUCUCCCUCUACUUUUUAUCCCUUGUUGACAACCACGGUUUGUUGGGUAAGAACAACAGAGAGUACGCCCAGGUCCUCAAGUACUUGUCUUUUUCCAACCAGGAAGUUGCUGGUGCCGCCUUGAAGGCCAUCAUGCCAACCAUCGGUAAGGUCCCAUACAACAAGAAGUCGGUUGACGAAGGUUUGGCCACCUUGGAACAGCUCGCCACUAUUUUCGAGACCAGAUUGUACGACUACACCUACUUGGUCGGUGAAAGAUUGUCCUUGGCCGACCUCUUUGCCGCCGGUGCCUGGGGGUUUGCUCUCUCCACCGUCUUGGGUAAGGACUUCCAGAAGAAGCACCCAUACUUGGUCAGAUGGUUUAAGACCGUCACCGCCACCCCAAUCUUGAAGGCUCAGUUCGCUGAGUUCAAGUUGAUUGAGAAGCCGUUGGAGUUCACCCCAGUCAAGAAGGAAAAGAAGGCCGCGGCCCCAUCCGAAAAGAAGGCUGAGAAGAAGGCCGAGAAGGAGGUUGAAGAGCCAGCUGAUGAGACCUACGAAGAGCCAAAGAAGGCCAAGCACCCAUUGGAAGCCUUGGGUAAGUCCAAGUUGCCUUUGGACGAGUGGAAGCGUGUCUACUCCAACGAAGACACCAGAGAAAAGGCCAUUCCAUGGUUCUGGGAGCACUACGACCCAUCUGAGUGGUCUUUGUGGAAGGUUGGCUACAAGUACAACGAUGAGUUGACCUUGUGCUUCAUGUCCAACAACUUGGUCGGUGGUUUCUUCAACCGUUUGUCCGGCUCCACCAAGUACUUGUUCGGUUCUAUGGUUGUCUACGGUGAAAACAACGACAAUGGGAUCGUCGGUGCCUUCUUGGUCAGAGGUCAGGACUCUGUGCCGGCCUUCGACGUUGCUCCAGAUUGGGAGUCCUACUACUACGAGAAGUUGGACGGCUCUUCUGAGGCUGACAAGGAAUUCAUCAACAACAUGUUCGCCUGGGACAAGCCAGUUGUCGUUGACGGUGUUUCCAGAGAAAUCUCUGACGGUAAGGUUUUCAAAUAA